AUGUCAGCAAACUCUCAUGUAAUUUUCGAAAAGAAUGAUGACAGUUCGUCUUCAGAUUCUAUUUAUCCAAGUUCGGAAGAUGAAACUAGUUCAACUGAGCUCGAACACUAUAUAUUGGAAAGUAAUAUAAAAGCAGUUAAUGCUCGUUCUCCCCGUAAUAAAAAGUAUGAAAAAUGGAUGAAUUUAGUCUUGAAUGCAAAGAAAGCUAUGUUGUCUUCUGAAUGGUCGAACCUGUUAGCAGCAAUUCAAAAACUUGAGAAGGCAUUCAGGUCAAAUAAUACCAAUCCACUUGGUUUAUUCACUCCAAUUCUUGCGCGUUUUCUCCUUGAACUUGAUGAAUUUUUUAAAAAACACCCCGUUGAUAAAAAAUACAGGAAAAACUUGAAAUCUGGAGAAGCAAAAGCAUGUAAUGCUACUCAACAAAGAUCUCAACACUUAAUAAGGUCAUUAAACUCUAUCAUUUUAGAAUAUCAAAAAACCCCUCCACCCAUCACAAUUUCAUCUUCUAACGUUAGACUCGUAGAUGCUGUAUCCCGAAACACUGUAAUAUUGGGAGUUAAAAACAAUCCUCUUUUGAAAUCAAACCUUCAUAAAUUUCAAAAUGUUAAAAAUAUAUAUCGUGAAGAUGUACCUCGAUUAAUGGAUAUUUGUGCACAAGCAAUUAUUCUUAAAAAGAUCCCUCUUAAACGAAGAAAAUUAAAAGUUUUCAUAAAUAUUCAACAACAAAUUGUUCCAGAUAUAAUUAUUAAUUUUAUUAAACAAGGAUUUUUAUGUGAAUCUUGUCGUCUAUUCAUUUCACCUUCCUCUUCAUUAUUUUUACAACCUAUAAUUGAAAACAUGAAAUAUCCUAAGAGACAGGAUAAAAGUCUUGAUGAUCAAAUCAACAGCAUAAUAUAUCAAGAAUUACCGCUAUUCAGAAGAUUUUGUGUUCAAUGUUGGCAGAUACAUAAUGCAAGGGAUAAUUCAAAAUGUAUUUGUGUUACAUGUAAAGUUGAAAGAGCAACUAAAAAGUGA